AUGGCACGGAGACUCGCCACGCUGAGUGUCCGAAGUUACACGGCCUCCAUGACUUCCUUGGCCCAGAGGCUUGCAUGGAGAGAGGUUCUCUCGAUUUUUUCGGACAUGAAGCAGCAGGAGGUGCCUAUGGAUGCCUUCUGCUACAGCGUGGUGAGCAGCGCCUGUGACAAGGCCAGCCGCUGGUCCCAAGCCCUGGAGGUCUUCCGGGAGGGUCUCGAGGCCACAGCCCCCAGCAACGCCAACUUCUCCACGGCCAUCAGCGCUUGCGGCCGGGCUUCCGACUGGCCCUCGGCCCUGGACCUCUUCCAGCAGCUGCCGGACUUCGAGCUCGGCGCUGACGCCGGCGUCUGCAACGCCUGCAUGAGUGCCUGCAGCAGGGGCUCCGCGUGGCCCUGGGCGCUGUGCCUCUUCGAGCAGAUGAAGGCCGAGGGCCCCAGGCCCACGAACAUCACCUUCGGGGCCGCCAGCAGCGCUUGCGAGAGGGGUUUGCAGUGGCGGUCCGCCAUCAAAAUCCUCUACGCCUUGCGAAAAGAGCGGCGGGUGGACCCGACCACGGCCCUGAUCUGCUUCAACACAGCUCUCAGCGCCUGUGAGAAGGCCCUGCAGUGGCCCGUGGCAUUGGGCAUGUUCCGAGAUCUUCGCCGGGAGUUUACACCCAACACCAUCACCUUCAACGCCACGUUGGCUGCUGCCAGCAGAGGUCAGCUGUGGCCGACUUGCCUUGACCUCAUGGGGCAAAUGCGCAGCGAAGAGGUCGAGGUCACCACUGUCACUUACAAUCGAACCAUCAGCUCUUGUCAGCUCCCUGGUGCCUGGGUUGUGGCCCUCCAGCUGCUCGAGGAUGCGAGGAGAUCGGAGCUCCCUCUGAAUCUCAUGAGCUACACUUCCACCAUCAGCGCUUUAGCCGGCUCUGCCCAAUGGCAAAGGUCCCUGUCGUUGUUUUUCGGCCUCCGCGACCAGCAACUCACGCCGGAUGUCGUGAGUUACAAUGCGGCCAUGGAUGCCUGUAAGAGCUCCCUGGAAGGGCCCUGCGAUAGCUGGCCCUGGGCUCUGCAACUUUUUGAGCUGCUGAAGGAGGAGACUGAAGUGCGCCCCAAUGCCGUGAGUGUCAACAGUGCAGCGGAUGCCUGCGGCCGCGGCAGCUGUUGGGAGGGGGCACUGGCACUAUUGGUUGGAGCCUCCUGCCCCACGGCCAUCACCUACCUCACGGUCCUGAGCGCCUGUGAGCGUGCGGUCGCCUGGCAGGUCGCCGUGGCCACUCUCGAGGAGAUGGAGCGCGCCGGCCAGAAACUGGAUGCCGAGGUCUACACUCAAUGCGGCCUAGCAAUGGCGGCUGCCGGGCGUGUCGCCGAG